AUUUAUCUGCUGCAUCACUGCACACAGUCCACCUAUGCGAAGUCUGUAAAAUGACGAGUCCCCAAGUGACGGCGACAGUCGCAACACGUUGCAGGGGAGCAGCAGAACGUCUGAAUGUGCUGCGCCCAUGCUGCGUCCCUGCAAACCUCACAAACUGUUCGGCAACACGCCCGAUUAAGGUCUUGGGCUCUUUGGCGCCUCUGUUCAGAGGAAAACUUGGCACCACACAUUCUUAUCCACAACCAGAGUGUGGGUGUGUGUCCAAACCUUCUCCACGCGUUCCUACCCUCCCUCCAGUUUCUUUCCAAGAACCAAAAGAACCAGCACCCAACUCUUGCAAAGCUUCGAGCAAAGAAGCAACAAUGUCUUUGGCCACGUCCAUCCCUUCCAUCAAGGUGAAGGUGGGAGGCGUCUCAGUCUCGCCUCCACACCGUGCAUGCAGGUCGUUCGCGGUGAUCAGGAGCUCCAAGGCGGAGGGGCCCAUCCGGAGACCCGCAGCGCCUCCGCUGUCGCCGCCGCCGCCGAUGCCUCCCAAGACGCCGGCUCUGUCCACACCUCCCACCCUGUCGCAGCCCCCGACCCCGGUGAAGCCGACUGCUCCGACGUCGUUGUCAUCGUCGCCGCCUCCUGAGCCGAAGCCGGUGGAGGCCGCAGCUUCGGCAGCUGUGCAGAAGCCGGUGGCUGGGGCUGUGACACUGGAGUACCAGAGGAAGGUGGCCAAGGAGCUGCAGGACUACUUCAAGCAGAAGAAGCUGGAGGAGGCUGACCAGGGGCCCUUCUUUGGGUUCUUGCCAAAGAAUGAGAUUUCCAAUGGAAGAUGGGCUAUGUUUGGGUUUGCAGUAGGGAUGCUAACAGAGUAUGCGACAGGCUCAGAUUUUGUUCAGCAAAUGAAGAUCCUUCUCUCCAAUUUUGGAAUUGUUGACUUGGACUGAUGGCAGACAUUUGGUGUUAUUGUUCUGUAUAAGUCUUUUAAGUAUAAUGUACCUUACUUGAUCUGGCAUAUAGAAAAAUCAAUCUUGCACGCUGUUCUAACUUACAACUUGGUUUCAUUUGUGCUGUCCAGUGAAUUAUGAUGAACAUAAAAAGUCAAUUUCCAGUUUCUUCUUUGCUUA